AUGAAUACUUGUGAGAAGCUGGUCAUGAAUGAUGGUACAACAAAAGUUGAUGAGAAGUGGUUUAGAAGCAUUAUUGGUGGGUUGAUGUAUUUGACUCAAACUUGUUCAGAUGUUAUGUUUCCUGUCAGUUUAGUCUCCAGAUUCAUGCACAAUCCUUCGAAGCAUCAUCUUGGAGUAACCAAACGGGUCCUCCGUUACAUCUAUGCAACUGCAGACUAUGGCAUUUGGUAUAAACCAAUCUCUGAUUUUAAAUUAGUUGGUUUUACUGACAAUGAUUGGGCUGGUUUUGUAGAUGAUAAAAAGAGCAUAAGUGGUUAUAUUUUUAGUCUUAGUUGUUGCUCCCGGAGUUCGAAGAAACAAGCUACCAUAGCAUUAUCGUCAUCGGAAGCUGAUAUACCACUGCAACUGCAACUGUUUGUCAAGCUGUUUGGAUGA